UGGUUUUUAGGCCACUUCUGCUUAUUUUAUCUUUAAUGCUACUCAAAGAUUAAGGUUUUGUGUAAGAAGAAAAGGAAUUAUCAAGUUUAUGUUGCUAUCACUUCUUUUGGUUUGUUUGUUCGCAUUGUUGUUGCUGUAAUGUUAAUUUAUUGGAGUUCAGCUUUUGCUGGUUAUGCUUAAUAAAUGCCUUAAUUGUGUUUUUUGGUUUAGUUGAAAUUUUAAGAUGGGAUUUGUUGGGAUUUACUUGUGAAUCUAAUGAAAAAGGAAAAAUGCUGCCUUAUGGCUUUGUUGAUAGUGAGUAUGGUGGAUGAGUGUUCGGGAAUGGUCGUCCCAUGAGAUUAAGCUCUGCAGCCAGCCUAUGCCUUUCAGGCAGUUGAUUUUCCCUUCUAGCUGUAAUAACUAAGAAAGAAAAAGAAAUUGUAUUUGUUGGAUCUGCUUCUCUUGGGUUCAAUAUUCGUUGACUUGGUGUUAAGAAAUCUGAAACUUCCAUCUUUUAUUUCACUUACAUGGAUGGUUCAACAAACGAUAGAUUCAAAAUCUGGUGAGCAUGGGCUUGGCAAUGCUGACAAUAACUCGUCCAUACACGAUAAGCACUUUCCACUUGUUGUAAAGAAGACAGCAUUAAGAGAUGUGCAGAAUGAAAACAGAAUUCCCAAAUCUGUUGAAAACUCUCCUUUAUCAAAGGAUGGAGGAAAGACUAUGAAUGGCAUUAAGGUUUCUGGAGCCAAGAGACCAUCAUCUGAGGACCUGAUGUACCGUCCACUUCCAUGCUAUGAAUCUUCUACUAGUGGCGCUCCAAAUUUUCGUCUUGUUGAUGCACGUGGGAAAUCUGAGGCAGAAGUCGGCAAGCUUAGUCAUCCAGAGGAGACUGCUCAACCAAAGCGUCCCCAGAUAGAGUCAACGGUCUCUACUUUUCCAGCUUUGGUACCUAUGCCCGUGGCUCCUCCAAUAAUUUCAUCUGGAAAACCUUCAGUUCCUCUUCCUCUUGGACAGUCUAGCACGUUUUCACCAGCAGAAUCCAGUUAUCUUCCUGUUGGUUCUAUUGUCCCUUCAUCUAAUCCAAAGGGAGAGAAAAAUAUGCAUUGGGAAGAGCGGUAUCAUCAAUUGCAGAUUUCAUUGAAGAAAUCGGAUGAAUCUGAUCUAGACGAAUACGUCCAGAUGCUCCAGUCAGUUUCCUCAGUUGAGCUUAGCAAGCAUGCUAUUGAGGUAGAAAAGAGAUCAAUUCAACUUUCACUGGAGGAAGGUGGUGCCAUUGCCUACUUUGAGGUCCGUAACUGUUGCAAAUCUACAUUUUCUUGCAAAGGAGGUGCAAAGAGUUGCGAUUUUAAAUUUCCUGGGGAAAUCCUUGAAGAAUUUUAAAGCACCCUCAGCUCAUCAAAGCCUAUCAGAGAAAUAAGAGGACGUUUGAAUACCUUGCUCUGUUAUAUACUCUUGACUAAAGAAGGGUAAAAAAAGAAGAAAAAAGAAAACCUGUCUGCGCUUAUUUUGACUCGACCGCAGUGGCCGUCCUCCUGCUAGACUGCCAAUAUUCGCCGUAAUAUUGCACUUGCAGCAUCAUCCAUUCUUUAAUCUCUAGUCCCAAAAUAUAUUGACGUACCUGAAUCCGAACCGUGUUGUAAUAUAAUGUUAGUAAUGUUCAUUUUUAUCCUUUUGUUUU